AUCUUUGCCUAUAAAUACUACAUGCACAAGCCCCCUCCUCAUCAAUUCCAUACCAAGCUAAUUAAACUAGCCAUAGUCAUUUUCCUCAACCAGCAUUCUCCAACUUUCAAAGAACAUUUAUUCUCAUCAUUGAAGCACAAAAAGAAAAAAGUUAUGAUGACCCUCCACAGAUAUCUCUCAUACCUUAUCAUCCUAAUUUCUUUUGUUGCUUGUUGUAGCUCCUUGCAAGAGGACCCACUUAGUUCAAUUGUUGAGGAUUCGCCUAACAUUGAUGAUGGUGGGACAACAUUUAAGGGCUUCAUCAAGCAAACAACAGAUAAUAUGUUGAGAUUGAGGAGUUCAGAAAAGUUGGGUGACACUUCUUCGCUUAAAACGGUUAACGUCAAUGAUUAUGGAGCUGAAGGAGAUGGUCACACUGAUGAUACACAAGCAUUCAAGAAGGCUUGGCAAGUAGCAUGCUCAUCUAGUGGAGCAAUUCUUGUGGUGCCAAAGAAGAAUUAUCUUCUCAAGCCAAUCACAUUCUCUGGCCCUUGCAAAUCCAACACCGCAGUCCAGAUCUCUGGAACCCUUCUGGCAUCAGAUAACCCAUCUGAUUACAGUGAAGACCCCGCACACUGGCUUAUGUUUGACAGCGUUCGGAAACUAUCUGUCAAUGGUGGUGGAACCAUCAAUGGAAAUGGAAACAUAUGGUGGCAAAACUCAUGCAAAAGGAACAAAAAGCUUCCUUGCAAGAAUGCCCCUACGACGCUGACAUUUUACAAAUGCCGCAACUUAGUAGUUGGGGAUUUGACGAUAAAGAAUGGCCAGCAAAUUCAUGUUUCGUUCCAGGAUUCCCAGGGUGUUAAAGUUUCUGAUCUCACUGUGACAGCACCAGGCGAGAGUCCAAACACUGAUGGAAUUCACGUCACAAAUACACAAAACAUCCAAAUCUCAAGCUCCAAUAUUGGAACUGGAGAUGAUUGUAUAUCAAUUGUAAGUGGAUCCAGGAAUUUACAAGCCACAGACAUAACCUGUGGACCAGGCCAUGGUAUUAGCAUCGGAAGCUUAGGAGCUGGAAAUUCAAAGGAAUUUGUUUCAGGAAUAACAGUGAACGGAGCUAAAUUUGUUGGAACCACAAAUGGAGUAAGAAUUAAAACAUGGCAGGGAGGGUCAGGAAGUGCAAGCAACAUCAAGUUUAAGAAUAUUCAAAUGGACAAUGUGACCAACCCCAUAAUAAUAGAUCAAAACUAUUGUGACCAAGCGAAUCCGUGCGAAAAACAGAACUCCGCGGUUCAGAUUCGUAAUGUGAUGUACCAGAACAUAAAAGGCACAAGUGCAUCUGAUGUGGCUGUGCAAUUUGAUUGCAGCGAGAACUCUCCAUGCGAGGGGAUAGUAUUGCAGAACAUAAACCUGCAACUUGAAGGUGAAGGAGAGGCCAAGGCUUCAUGCAACGAUGUUAAAUUGUCCUACCGAGGAGAUGUUAGCCCUCGUUGUAGCACAUAGAAACAAGAAAUAGAACAGGCACUAAAUGCUGCAUGGAAAAAUAAAACCUCAAGUAUAUGAAAUAAUAGAAGGAUACAUGAUACAUGUUUAAUUAGU